AUGGCGGUGCUGAUUCCUAUUUCAGAAAAUCACCCGGUCAGUAACACGAUGAUGGUGGUGGCUCUAACUUCAAUCUCCAUUUUCAAUUUAAGAUCUCCUUUGGCAGUCCAAUGGAGGAACGAGAGGGAAAAAAUCACAGUGAGGCGGGUGAUGACAUAUGGUGUCCGCUGGAGUUUUGGUCCUGCCGAAGAUGGUGGUGGUGUGUGGUGUUAUAUCAUCAGACUUGAUAAUAUACAGGAAGAAAAAAUAGGAGUGGGAUCUAUUGUUUGUCGGUGUUCUAGUCUCCUCGGAGUUUUGGUCUUGCCAGAGGUAAGAGAUUUUCCGACGGAGAUGGUGGUGGCGUAUGGUUGUUCACCGGAGAGGUGA